AUGAGUGUAGCUAGCCCAAACAACAAGAAGCCUCGCAAAAAGUAUGUCUUGGGUGACUUUGUCAAAUAUGCUACUGGCAUAUUUGCGGCUCACUUCGUCGCCAUCUCCGACAUGGGUCUCUACGAAUUCGCAGAGAAGCAAUACAUAGACGAAAAUCAGCAAUGCAAUACCUGUCACAUGAUUAUGGUAGGCCACUACCAUCGAAAGAGCAGUGGCCUACCCGUCUGGGCUGAAUCUACAGGCGAAGAAAUAUGGUACUACAAAUGGACUGGUUGUCGAGUAGAGCCGCUCAGUCGGGGUAUCCAGUCCGGCAAGGUCUACUACGAUCCGCCGUUCAGCUACAUUGGCGGUAUAAUCAGCGAUCGUGAUACUGGACGCGGUAUGACGCAGGAACGAAAAUUCCAGCGAGCAGUGGUUGAAUCUGUCAUUCACUUCAUCUUCCUCGCGACCGGGAGAUUGAAUCAAACCUCGGAUAUCACAAACCCGGAUUUGCUUGGUCAUUUCAAGCUUGCCCUCAAAAAUCUUUUGCAGAAUCGGGAAGCUCACGAAGCGACUAACCGUACGCCAACCCAGAGACUCCCAACACACGUUGAAGAGACACCUAUCGCCAACAACGAGGCGCUUCCUUCCAAAGUUAGCGAGACAAGGCACAAGAAUUCUAUAUCUGAUAUCAUACAACGGCCUCUACCGCCUAUCUUUACGGCUUCACUGGAUCGUAGAGUUAUCGAUUUAACGCGUGAUGUUUCUGGAUCUUCGUCUCAAGCACCUAAUGAAUGCGUACUUCUCGAGCAACAAGUGCGAGAUCUCAAAGCGAAGCUCGAAGAACAAGAGGCAAUGACAAAUGCACUUGAAGCGAGGCUAGUUCGAGAGAAAGCCAGACGGCAGAGAUUGCGAAAUCAGCGCGAAAGAUGGACUAUAAAGAGGCAAGCUUUGAAGGCGAAGAUUUCCGCAAAAGGACAGCGACUAGCAGAGUGGAAAGCGACCGCGCGUGAGCAUCAGCUUCAAAUCGCGGCGGUGACGGAAGAGCUCGCGCGUGAGAAAGAAGAGCUUAGGUGCGAGAAGAAAGCGAGGAUGUUCUGGCAGCACAAGCACAACAGCUUGCCAAGAAUGCUGCUCGAACGUAGCCGACUUGCUGCUACUUCAGGGUCUCCAAAUGGUCAGGAGUCAAGUGUGGCAAUGGUCAAGACACAAGGUGUAGGAGGCUCAUUCGGUUCCGCCCAUUCUCGACCGUUGUGA